ACGGCCGUGCCGUCAAGCACUUACUGUUAGUAAUAAACAUUUUGUUAUGGUAAUGGAACUACUAAGUGUGAGGUCACACAUGUACCUGGCACUUCAUAAUUAAUCGGAAAUUACUCCUCCUGUUUUUGGUGAUCUCCUUAUCAACUACUACAAUAUGCACCGAUAUUUUAUCUAUAUUUUAUUAUGUUGGGCGACAAAGUUGUCGCCAAUGUCCGCACAAUUUUCUCAGUUCGGAAUGACAAAUGUCUUUAACCUCACAACUCAACCAACUCCAGCAGUUAUGAUGGAGACAUGUGGAGAUGCCUUCAGUAAAUUCGCAUUCGUGCCAUUAAGUGCCAAAGAAAAUCACGAAGUGGGACGACUCGUUGACUUUGAUGGUGGUCCUGGAUGGGAACCGUUUAGGAUAAUAAGCGGCAAUGAAAAAGGACUGUUCAAAAUGGAUAAAGAGGGAAUUUUGCGCACGGCAUAUCAGAUUUUUGACGUGGAUAUUGGCGAUUACCCUUUACGAUUAGCGAGUAUUAACGGAAAUAUGAUUUGCACGGUAUUAAUAAACAUCCGGAUCGGGGCCAACGCGUCCCUUUUUGACUCGUUUACACGGAACCACAGCAUGGAGAACAAUGCUAUCAUGACCUUUGCCACGACUGUUUCAACGCGCGCAACAACCACCACUCGGUUACCGGUGACCACAACACCCAGCACGACCAUCCGCACUACACCGACAACGACAACCACCUCAGCGACAACAACACCGACAACGGUUAGGACAACCGUCCUAUUCACUUUGCCGCCGGCACUGACCACCACAACAUUCCCACCGAUGGGUUUCGCUAAUCUCUUAUCUCCAAAUAACAGUCGGAUAUUAUUGGAUGAUUUUGAUGUGGACUUGGACAGGAAGAAUGGCUCGAAACGUCAGUUCACCACACAAAACUUCGCGGGGACACCGUUAGGAGGUAAUCCAGCACUAGGGACAUUUCCCUUAGGUCCGCGCUGUGCUGACCCAUUCCUGACCGUUGCUGUUCCCGCCGACACACCACCAAGUGUCCUCAUAACAAAAGUGACCGCCACGUACGAGGUGGGCGUACCCAUUGUGUACACAAUCCCGGACGUGGUGUUUGAUCGAUUUCGGGUGGAUGCUGGCAGUGGAGAAAUUUUCACCGGACCGGCACCAUUGUCAACAAGGCCGGGUCGGCAGUUUAAAAAGGGUAGCGUCAUACCGCAAACUCGUUCUGCGCUGGAGUUUCGUGUUCGUGGCGCCAUUCCUAACGGAGCGUAUUGCGAAACAGUUAUUCGGGUCAACGUUGUGCCGACGGUAUUCCAAGCCAACCCCACGCCCGCUCCCUUAGGUGGGCGGAACCCGCCGUUCUUUAUUAGUCAAAACCUGAAUUUCCCCGUGACCAGCUGUAUUCCUGGCACGGUAAUCGGCCGCGUCGAGGCGCUGGACCCAGAUGCCGGCGACCGGGUGCAGUACGCCAUCGAUAAUCCAACCAGUGAGGUCGUCAUUGAUGCCGGUACCGGGAUACUGCGCGUGGGCAGCAUCCCGCCCACUGUCCAGCAGAUCCGGCAGGUCACCGUUCGCGCCAUCGAUUUGGCGGCGUUGUCUAGCACGACCCUGGUAAUUGUUAACUUCCAGUGCCGCAGCGCGACGUUUCCGACGCCACUCCAAUUUUCCCAGGGAAGUUACCAAUUCGUAACGACAAACUGCGCCAUCGGUACAGCAGUGGGAAAUGUGAUGAUUUUGGGAAGUCCCUUCGGAGUAUCGUUUCAGUCCAGUGCUCCUCAAGAAUUCAUCAUCGAUCCCAGCGGAGGCAUCCGUAUUGCCACUCCAGCGCUGUUCGGUCUGAACUUCCAGCGCACCAUCACCGUUAUCGCCACCGAUCCCCGAGGCAGUCAGGGUCAGACCACCGUCAACAUCAUCGGCAGGUGCUCGCCUAAUUUUGGCGCCGCUCCCCUGGACCCUGACCAGUUCGACCAGAUCGACCGCAGCCGCUUUCCCACCGGUCCCUUCCCACCCAUAAAUCGACCCGGCACACCGCCAUUCUUUGAUUCGCGCAGCCCGGCGUUUCCUCCGCCUUUGGGCGCAGACCGCAACCCGUCCGCUGUUAGCAAUUUUAACAUAAAUCCGAACAUACCGCCACCAAACACCGGAAAUGUGGACAAUCCUUUUAAUAUGAACGGUGGUCCGCUCCCCGGCAAUCCCGGUGUAUUUCCGGGCAACAGCGCACCUUUCCCCAAUGGUAACUUCCCACCGGGUGCUGAACCUAAUGCAAACGGAAAUCUAAUAGCAACGGGACCACUGACCAAUCCCAACAUUCCCAUGGGCGCGUUGAACAACCCCGGUUUUCUCAACGGCCCCUUUGGACCGCGGCUUCCCAACCGGCAACUGGCCAUGGAUCAACCGGAUGCCAUGAUGCCCAUGAACAAUCGCGAUCCCGGUCUGCUACGCCCGGUGUUCCCCAAUACAGCGUCCUUUAUCCCGGGAUCCGGCCAGUUUGAUCUGAUCGUCAAAGUACCGUUCAUCAAUAAUUCGGUGCCUGAUAACCGCUUAAUGGAUGGAUUCAGUGACUUGGAGAAAUUCCACCAGGACGACAUUUCGGCGUCCGAGAAAGGUCAACCGAACCAGAAGGGCAUCACCAUUGAGGCCGGACAGGAUCCGGAAGAUCCCAAUGCCGUGGUGUUCUCCGCUAAACAGCUGAACAAUUUCGGCCCAAACUCGGCGAUGCUGGGCCAGAAUCAGAUCUUCCUUCCGCCCAAUCAGAUGAUCUUUCCUUCAAGGCCCGAAUCAGGUGGAAAUUUUCCCCCGUUCCAGCCUGUAAAUCCCUUUCCUGUCAUGGUCAAUCCCCAGCUCCCUUUGUCGCCCGAUCGCCCCGCUUUUGGUCCAUCCAUUCCGAAUUUUUUAUUGCCCAACAAUAACUUUCCUGCAUUAGGUGGAGGACGGCCGGAUUUCCCAAUGGGUCAGAUGCCGCAGAACGGGCCGCGACCGUUUGCUGGACCACCACCUUCUGAUCCGUCCCGUUUCCUACCCGGUCCGAUCUCUAGACCCUACGGCGUCGGGGGACAAUUCACUGAGUUAACCAUUCAGCUGCCGUCGUCCGCCGGCCAAACUCCGCCAGUAUUUUUAACACCGUUGUGCGCUCCGCCCAGCACGAAUUUCAUUGGACGUGUUCAAGCAGUUGACCCCGAUCCAGUUGACAGAGUCAGCUAUUUUAUAUGGAGCACUGGCGGGACGGACGUCUUUGACGUAAACGCGGUUACCGGCGAGAUUCGCAGCCGCGUUGCUCUCGGAUUGGGCACGUACAACGUCGACGUGGCUGCCCGCGACUUAAGCGGUCGCACGGCCAUCAUGAAACUGGAAAUCACCAUUUCCCCCUCCUGCCCGCUGCAGACCCGCAUCAACAACAACUUCAACGCCAAUCCGAUCAUCAAUCCCGAUCUGCCAGCGGUUCCAGAUGUCAAUCCGUUUUCCUUCGGUAACAUGGGUGGACCGCGAUUCGCCCAGCCGAACUUCCGGUUCUCCCUUCCCCCAUUUGCGCCACCACGGACAAUGAUUGGCCAGAUUCAGGCGUCAAGCUCAGACGGAUCACGAAUUGUCUAUUCCCUAACGCCGGCUGGUCCUGAAUUCGAUAUUGAUUUGGAUGGACGCGUGUUUGCACUGAUGCCGGUGGACGGUGUUAGAAAUCUGCAGGUCACCGCUACCGACGCAAUGGGACGAUCUUCCGCAACUAGCAUAAAUAUUGUUAACAACGUUCGCGCACCGGGUCAACCGGGACCACCGGCAUCGUUGCCAGUCUGUUUGCACAACGAUCAGACACCGAAUAAUUUAAAGAAAUCUCUGCAGCUAUCCCACUUUCCCGUGGUUAAUCAUUUUGGCAUUAUUCGACAAUCGUCGAAAUCGGGGUUGGCUAUUCAGGGCGCUACAGUCAUUACCGUUGAUGCUCCGUACGAAGGUACACUACCGGCCUCGCUGCCAUCCGGGACAAUACUGGGCGAGUACAGUGUGACGGGGGGAUCCGGCAUUUAUCGGUGGUUGCCUGGAAGCAACAGUAACUUCGAAAUCAUCGGAGAGGGUGUCGGCACUUUACAGACGCGUAUGACGCUGCAACCGGGAGCGUAUGAAUACAGGGCGAGCAUUAAAGACAACGCCGGAAAUUUAGGCAGUAUUGACAUUCAGAUUAUCGUCAGAAAUCCCGAUUUUGGGGAAAGUCUGGCGAUUACACCUGAGAUUUCUCCCAUGUUAAAUAGGCAACCGCAUGAUUCUGAAUUUCACAACCUAUUAGAUAAGGACCAAACUGUUUUGUUCUAG